UCUUGUCUGUCUAUUCGCUUGUGCGCUCCCCGGUUUUCGAACUGGGUUCUAAGGGUUUCACGCGAGCCCAGUGUGCGUUUUUGUGGGUUUCGGGAACCAGUGUUUCGUUGAGGCGUGUAUCCUCUAUUGUUGUGGUGGAUCCUUUCUGUGAGACACACAUUCUAGUGGGGUUCUAACCUCCAGUAGCCAGCGGCAUUCCGUUGUUGCCAGUUAGGAGGUGGGAUGAGUGUAUGUGUUUUCCCGCUGUGUGAAGGGUUGGGAAAACUCCGGUGAUUUGAACCCUGCGAAAAGGAAGUUUGUUGUAACUCUUUAAAGUGUGUAUAUGCUCGCUAAUUUCUCCCCAAACUAUUUACCCUGAGUGGAAACGCGCGCGCCCGCCCGGUUUCUGCUGUUUAGCGCGCUGGUGUUUACUUUCACGAGAAGGCGCUCCGGUCCUGGAAGGUUUUCCACAUCUUCAAAAGGGAAGAAAGAACAAGUGCACUGCCACCGCCCAGAAAAUAAGAGAAAAAGGCAAAACGUGGUGUGUGGAAGGAAAAGUUAAACCCGGUGUGGUGUGUCCUUGUCCGAAGGAUUGGAUGAUUUUUGGGUUUUUUCUUCUGUGCGGGCGAGCAGUUUUCCUGUGCUCCCAAGUUCAGUGAUUGGUGGGGUGGUCCUUCGAACCUGUUGGAACACAAGUGAAAUUGAAGAUUUCGAAACAGCCUCUUUAAGUUGCGUUAAGAGAUCGUGUUUACAAGUGUUGACACCAGUAGUGAGCCUACAGCUGCAUAUAUCAGAAUCCUGAAGAAACAAAUCCAGUCCAAGAGUAAUCCAGCUGUCUUGAAUUUGACAAGUGCUGUGAAGUUUAAUACACUCCAAAAGCUUUAAGUGAGUUCCCGAAAAAUUAAAGUGUUUUCAAAACCGCAAGAAGCAAUGGUCCGAUGACAAUGUCGUUGUCGUUGAUGAUGAUGAUAGAAGCAGAUCAUCGCCAGCAGCAUCCAUCGACGGCCGGCGCCUUUGCUGCUCCUCGUUCGUUGAGUACAUGUGUUUUUUAAUUCAAUUCGUGGUCCCGCGUCAAGAGUAUGACCCAAGUGGUGGUUUGACCGCUCCUUUCGGAUUUUGUCCCCUCUGAAACUAGCCUCCUAGAAGCGCGGAGUGGCGGAAAAUUGAAAAUACACACAAAUAAACGUGGAUAAUUAACAACCCGGGAGUCUGUGGGGAUAGACUGGGAAUACACGACGAGACCAAUCGCGCGGUGGAGUAGAUAUAGAUAGAACGUCGCAGAGAGAAGGAGAAGAGAGAGCAAACCUAAGCAACACUGAGCGUCUAUUUAGCUAGAAUCGAAGAAGACUCUGAAACGCGGGACACGGCUUCCGCGGAUGUCGUCGUCGAAAUCGUGGUCCCGGCCAUCAUCAUCAUCAGAACACUUCAAGCCGUCGCCUAUGAGAGUCCGGAAAAAAGUGCUGACGACGAGUUCGAGUUCGACGAGUAAUUGCUGCCGCCGUUGUUGUUCUUUGAAACCGAUCCUCCGGCUUUGGCCGUAGCAGUUCUCGAGGUUCGACAAAUCGACGUUCCGCCGGGACCUCCGCAAAGAGUAUAGUGAAGUAAAGUGAAGAACCACCCCGAAAAAGUGACCCAGUUUUUAUUGCUGCCGCAGGCAAGAGGGGUUUCGGAAGAGUUAUUUGCCUUUUAGUUUGCCCAUUCGAUUGCCGCAGCACAAAAAAGUAGCUUAAGUGUCUGUUCUGAGUAGGCUGAUUUACCGGAUCAGUUCGGGUCAGCAAGCAAGUGUGGCGUAAGACCCUGUUCUUGCGCGCGUCAGCUUCGUCGUUGUUUGGAUAGAGUGGGUUCUACCUGUUGUGUUUGUUGAUAUUAGAGCAUCGUCGUUAUUGUUGGUUCUUUUGUAGGAAGCUAGAGGGUACCGUAAAAAAAGAAGUGAUUGAUAGUGUUGCGAAUUAAUAAUCGCCGAAGCAUACCCAAGCUAGCGAGUGAAAUCUACACGCCCAAGGUGUGCUCCCCGUUGUGAUUAAAGUCGUGUGUUAGUUAUCAAAGUUCCCAGAAGCAGUAAACAUGCAGCAUCAUCCCGGAUCAUGGUAUAUCCCGUGGGGUGUUCCCGGCAUGGGGCUUCAAAAAAUGCUGGCAGUUCCGUUCAAUCCGGCCACAGCUGGCUAUCAUCAGCCCCAGAUUGCUGCGGCCGCUGUUCAGCCUCCUCCCCAGGUCCAAACCUCACAGCAGCAGCAAGCUAGCCACCAGCAAGCUGCUUCCUAUCAGCACCAGCUGCAAGCCCAUCACCACCAUCCGGCGGCUGCCCUGCACAAUCCGGCAGCGGCAGCCGCAGCUGCAGCCAUGCAGCAUCAACCCCUACAUCCGGCUGCAGCGGCAGCCAUGUUCACUCCCUUAACCCUUCGCAGCUUCGUUACCCAUCCACACCUUAGCCUCGGGCAACCUCCCAUUGCAACUGCCCAGCAACCCCAACAACAGCAACAUCCCCAAACCCAUCAAACCCAAUCCCAGCUGACGGCAGCGCUGCAUCAGCAGCUAAGUGGGAUGGUUCCGAUCCGCGGACAGCAGCAACAGCAGCAGCAAUCCCAGCAAGCCCAGCAGCAAAGUAGCUUGGCGGUGGUGACGCAGCAGCAACUGCAACAGCAUCAACAGCAACAAGUGCAGCAGCAACAGGUGCAGCAGCAGGUGCAGGUGUCCAAGGCUAUGCCUAACACCGUGUCCACCAGCACCCUCAUCAUGCCCAUGAGAAAGAUUAUAAUGUCCGAGAAAGACAAAAUCAAACUGGUCUCGACCGAGAAGCGGAAAGCUGACGAAAGUGAACCGGCCAAGGAUCUCAAAAAGGCUAAGCUGGAAACCAAAGCUCUUAAAGCCAAAAGGCCAGGUUUCACGGAUGAACGGUACCACGAAACGUCCUACUAUAUCGAGAAUGGCCUCCGGAAAGUGUACCCCUACUACUUCACGUUCACGACCUUCACCAAGGGCCGAUGGGUGGGCGAGAAGAUUCUGGACGUGUUUGCCCGGGAGUUCCGAGCCCAUCCGGCGGAAGAAUACGAACGGUGCAUCAAGGCCGGCACCCUGACGGUCAACUAUGAAAAAGUGCCAACCGACUACCGACUUAAGCACAACGAUCUCCUGGCCAACAUCGUGCACAGACAUGAAGUUCCAGUUACUAGUCAACCAAUCACAAUAGUGCACAUGGACGACGAUAUUGUGGUUGUGAACAAACCAGCAUCUAUACCAGUUCAUCCUUGCGGUCGCUAUCGGCACAAUACGGUUGUGUUCAUCCUGGCCAAGGAGUACAACCUGAAGAACCUCAGGACGAUUCAUCGGCUGGACCGGCUGACCUCCGGCCUGUUGCUGUUCGGGCGGAGUCCCAAGAAGGCGCGCCAGAUGGAGCACCAGAUCCGGAACCGGCAGGUGCAGAAGGAGUACAUCUGCCGGGUCGAGGGCGAGUUCCCGGAAGGCAUCAUCGAAUGCAAGGAACCAAUCGAGGUGGUCAGCUACAAGAUCGGGGUGUGCAAGGUGUCCCCGAAGGGCAAGGAGUGCACCACCACCUUCCAGAAGCUGGGCUACAACGGUUCGAGCAGCGUGGUCCUGUGCAAGCCGCUAACCGGCCGGAUGCAUCAGAUCCGUGUUCAUCUGCAAUAUUUGGGCUUCCCAGUGGUGAAUGAUCCGCUGUACAACCACGAAGUGUUUGGGCCCAACAAGGGACGUGGAGGCGAUAUUGGCGGCAAAAGCGAUGAACAGUUGGUUAAGGAUCUGAUCAACAUUCACAAUGCGGAGAACUGGCUUGGCAUUGAUGGCGAUUCGGAGCUGUCGAUGUUCAAGUCGCUCAAGAACGAUCUGGAUGAUGGAAAAGGACCAAUCCUGAGUGACGACGAUUCGGAGAGUGUUUCCCGUGAGGCGUCGCCUUGCUCCGAAAGUCCUCGGCCGGUGUCGUUGGGUAGCGAAAGCCCAAGUGAAAAUCUGUGUGCCUCGAUUCUGACGCCCAAUCAGCUGAACGUUGGGACCAGUGCUGCCAGUGUUGGAACGAACUGCGGUAGCAGCAGCAGCAGCGUGGGCGUCGGAGUUGCCAGUGUUGGUGUCGGUGUGAACAGCAGCAACAGCUCCCAGGCGGCAAGUGCCGUGGCAGUCUAUAACGCUCGGUUGGCGCAGUCGCAAAAGGUCACUGUGGCCACUCAGACGGGACAUGAGUCACCCGAUUUGGCCUUCAAUCCCGACAAGAUGACCACCGAUAAGCACUGUUACGAGUGCAAGGUUCGCUACCGGGAUCCGAAGCCGCAGGAUCUGGUCAUGUACUUGCACGCCUGGAAGUACAAGGGACCAGGCUGGGAGUUCGAAACCGAACUGCCCGAAUGGGCACGCGUCGAUUGGCACGACAAUGACUUUGAAUGAAUGCUAGUUCGGGAUCUGCUCGCGUACAUGGAAAUCUACUAAUAGAGAAAAGCAUAACGAAGGAAAAAAAUGGCUAGAUUUCCGCCAAGUGUACGUAGCAAGCAAACUGAAAAAUAGUAAAUCCGGGAAGAGGAAAAAAACAACCUACAAGUUAUGUUGGGAAAACUUUUCCCAAACAAGAAAAAGCUCCUCUCCAGCACACCAAACAACUAAUUUCUUCAAAUUGACAGCUCCCGAUUUCCGAAUGGGGAGGAGCAUAGCGAAAAAAAUUUAAGUGUCGGAGCCUCACACAAGAGAAAGUUUCGAGCAAAGGUGUUUGCCUAAAAGGACAUGUAUAACAGCAAAAAGACAAAUAUCAGCGCCAAAGUUUUGUUCGCUUUCGGCAACACGUGAACGGAGACGACAAUGUAUACACACCUACACACAACACAGAUAGACACUACACAGAAGCAAACACAGAUACAAUAAUUAUUACAAAUAAACUAGAUAACCUUUAGCUUCUUGGGCGAAACAGGCCCAAGACGUGAAACAGCAGAAGAAGCGAAAGCAACAAGUUUUGGCCAAACUAUAGAAGUAGCAAAGAAAAGGAAAAAUGACAAAAAAAACAGUUUCCUAAACCAUAAGACAAAAACGAAGGAAGGAAGGAAGGAGGCAGAAAUUUGAGCGACACAGAGAAAUAUAAUAGUUGCUUCGUUAUAUUAAGAUUAUUUCGUAAGGAUCAGUUUUUUUUUCUAGUAGGUAACAAUAAACAGAACGAGCAAAUGGUUGGAGAUGAAAACCAGAACGAUGUUCAGUCCAGCAGCCUGGAGUUAUGCAACAAGCGACAUGAAAGAUCAAAUCUGUGUACAUACAGUUCAUAGAAUAGAAUCGCGGAAGCGCUUCGUUUUUUAUAUGCAUACUUGUUUUUUUAUACACAUAAAAAUAGCUAAAGAGAGGACUAUACAGCACAUUACAUACAUAUAGCACUAGAAGCAGAAAAAAGAGAGAAAUAAAAAAUAAAAAAAACGCAAGACACAGACAGAUAAAUUAUGGAGCCGGGGAGUUAUGCAAAUUUUUGCCAUGCAAAAAUUAUGAACGAAUUUGUUGUGAACGCAUGCAUCGCAAGCGAAUUCGUGCGGUGGACGGAGAAAAACUCUUGCACACAGACAGACACACAAAAUGAAUAAUUUGUCCGUCAUCAGACACUUCAUUAUGUCCCUGUUGCUUUUGGGUGGAAUAUGAAUUCGGAACUACCGUUUCCGGUCCAGAGAAAUAAGUUUAACUUCGAAUGGAGACAUAAUCGGUUAAGCAUGAGUACUUUUUUUUGUUUCCAGUAAAUUGAAUCUUUCAAUUAAGAUGUGUCCUAUUGUUAUAGUUCUUAUGAAACUUGAAAAGCAUAAUUAACAAUUAAGAAUUUUUAAUUAUUGAUAUCAAGUUCAUAACAGAUAAAUUUCAAACUGAACUAAUGUCGAGCCUUGAGGAAAUCGACAUAUUUGAAGUCUCAAAAAGUAGAAUUCAUUAUUUAAAGUUUGUUUUUAAGCAAUCGAGAAUAAUACACAGGAUCAUAAAUCACGAAAGAAGACAAACUUAAACAGCUUUUACGAUAAUGGAACAUAGAUAUGAUAAAACAGGACAAUAUCGCAAAAAUAAGGUACAUACAUCAGAUUAGUGGAAAGAUAAACUAAAUACAUUAUAUACUUUAAAAUUUUCUUUAAAAACAGUGCAUUCGUUGAUGAGAUUAUCUAUCCAAAAAAUAAACAAUUGAGUCCCAAAUGUUAACUUAAUAAGCAUUAUUUUAUUUUAAAAAUAUAAUCAAAAUUCAAGCUUAAUUUAUUUUAAAUUAAAAAAAUGAACAGGUUAUUUCUCCAAAUUUAUGUUUGACUUAAUACAUGCUCCUAUUUCGAGAAACAGAAUUCAGAAAGGUCCAAAAAAUCACAUUUGUUUUCGUGCUGAAGUUUCCGUUGAAUUUGUUUUAAAUUUUUAUUUCAUUUUUAAAUCCGCCAGUUCAUUAUUUUUGCCAACCUGAUUACAAAAAAAAAUCCAAUCAAUAUUUUGUUGUUGAGAAAAAAAAACGCAAAUUUGAUGAUAAAAAAUGCAUCAAAGUUAGCGCUAAACUUUUCUCCGGGGCAACAAACAAAAUCUAAUCAAUCGGCUUCUACAGCUCUAAAGAUGAACCAAGUAGGCCUUGGUAGCUGACGGCCAACUUUGUCCCAUCCAAUCAAAGGUGACAGAGAUGCUAUACAUUCUUGUACCCAUUUUUUUAUCUCACCCUUUCCAUUCUUCCACUGCUGACGAGGUUAUGCAAAAAUGGCACCAAUUGAUGCUAAACCGGAUACCUCCGGAGGCCUCCAUUUCCGGGAUGUUUUCUUUUUUUUUUGCUGUUUUGCUAAGCUUACGCUAAGUUUGACCAUCGAGGGUGAAACAGAGGUGAAUAUUUUGUUUUCGGCCUCGCUAAAUAUUACGGGGGAAAAAACCUCGUUGAAAAAAGACACAUUUUCAUUUGGCAAAAUGAAACAAAAAAUCACUGCUGGAAUGUUUAAGCGAAGAUAAGAACAUGCUAUUCUGGCGAAAGUUUUUCCAUUCUUCGGAGGAUUUCCCUUUUUCGGGUUGUUUUUUUUUUUUUGUUUCCUUCAAAUGUUGAUUCGUCCGUUUCGAGUUUUAGGGAAAGCUAAGUCCAAGAGUUUGAGCGAUUUUAUCGAUACGAGCUAGAUGUUUAGGGAACAACAGAGAUUAAGGAAGAAAAGUGGCCUGGAAAAUCUGACAAUUGACAGCUGUCGAUGGGGAUAAGGAUUUAAUCGUGAAAAUGGUGAGAAACGGAAAAAUAUCCCUCGAUAAAAGACAACUUUGCGCCCCGUCGAAAGAUUUAUCUAAAAAAGAGGUCAAUGCAGAAACUUUUCGUGUUGGUGUUGUCUUCACUUUUUUUUUCUUUUUUUAGACGGUUAACUUGAAGUUAUCAAAAGAGCAAAACUUUUGAUUUAUAAAAAAACAACACACCCCUAAUUUAAAUAUUAUCAAACGAUCAAUUCUGGUUUGAUACAGUAGCCCCACGAAAAAAAAAUUAGUUUAAAAUAGCAUAAAUAGACAAAUACGCGAAUACGUGUUCUGUGGCCGUGUGAAAUGUGAAAUGUGUUUCUAUCAAACGCUGGAAUCGUUUAAAUAUAAUUUAAAUUAACUUUUCAAAGAAAAACUCACAAAAGACACUAAUCUUAUUUAAAUUUGUUCACUAUACAUAACUAUUGUUUGAAAGUUGAUUGCCUACUUUUUAAAUCAUAUUCCUCCAGUCUCAGUUAUAGUGUUGAAACGUGUCGAAGCGUGAAGCAUGUUAGUUUUUGUUAGAUUUACGUAGUUAGUAAACAAACGUCUUAUAUAAUCAAGCAUUGAAGCUGAAAUUCGAAGCACUUAUUAUUGUAAACAACCUCUCACUUAUUUAAUCAGCUCUAGGUUUCGUUUUAUUAGUCGAAAAAAAUUUAUAUGCAAACAUAACUCAUUCAAUCGUGUGUUUGUUAAAAAAAAAACAAGUUAAAUGGCCAGUUUUAAGUUUUUGUUAAUUUCCGUUUUAAAUUUCUCUUACUUUUAAGUAGUUAGUCUUCAACAACUCAUAAAAGACCGUAGGUUUAUCGUUUUGUAUUUUAUUCCUAGAAACUUUUAAUAAAAAUGUUUACUCUGUCAUCAAGAAAAAAAUUAAAGUCCAAGUGUUCAUGUUGGAUUCCUUUCUGUUUCGCUACUUAAAUGUUUAAGUUUCUCCUUGUAUCAAAAUUGUUCUCUUAUAUUUUUAGUGAAUCAUUUUCUCUCCAACACUAUCAUCAUUAUGUUAUUGAGUAGUUUUUAGUAAGUUUUUAAACGAUUAUUGUAUUUGUUUGCUGUGUUAAGUACGUUACGCCUCCUCAAUUGACUAAAUGUAAACUUUGUUGAUCAAUAAAUAAAAGUUAUUAUGCUCGUAUUGUUUGGUUUUAUUUAUUUUCAGUUCUGUUUUCUUGUGUUUUGUGAAAUCAUCCCCCCUUACCUGAUCUCUUUAAAAAUCCUUUUUGUUGAUUUCGAUUUUAGUUAUCGUAGUUGGUUAUUUUUCUGAGAAUUUUUUAAGGUCGAAUUCUUGAAGGGUUACUAUAAGUCAACUCUGCUGGGUCAAAUUUUGAGACUUUACUCCAAUGACGAAGAUUGUCAACCGCUCCGUAAUAGGUACUUUUCUAUAGGGAAGAAUGAUGAUACUUGAUCCUUGGAGAUACUUGAUUCCUCAGCUAUAUCUCGAAACUGGAAGGUCUUACAUAGAUCAAAUGCUGAAGAAAAAUUUGCGAAAUGGAACAAAACAACAAACUUGUUAUCUCAAAAAAAAUUAAAAAUUUAUUUUUUUCAGUUAUUGUACUUUGUUUUAAAAAUCUUACAAGAUGAUACUUUAAUAUUUUUUUAAAUCAUUUUCACGAAAAAAUUUCAAUCGAUAGAGUAUAACUUCAACUUCUCAAUGCUAUAUUUUCGAAGCAAUAGUGAACUCUGUAUGUUAUGGGUUAACUUAAUCCCUUGAGUCCAAAAAGAUAUAUUUUUCUUCUGAAUGGAUUUUGGUAAUUGCUAAGCACAAAAUUAUUAAUAUUCAUCCAAUGACUUGUAUUUAUCCAAUAAUUUCCAAAUAGAAAGGACUCAAAAAAGUGAUUUUUUCUGAACAUAAGAAAAUUGCGCCUUCAAGUAUGCAAUGUAUUUAGGGUAGUAGACAAACUUUGAAAAAUUCUUUUUGUCUGACACUAAUAAACUGUGAAAUGAUUACUAAUAUGGCCAAAAAAGUCAAUGGAGUUUUUAUCUUUAAGUUUUGCAUGAUUUUUGCCAAAACUUAGGGCACCCUGAUGAAAAGAUUUUUUUUCUUUUUGAAAGGAGUUUAACCCGUUACGGUCAUUCUUCCUCGCUGAUGAAAAGAUCAAGUCUACUUUUACUUUCAAAAUAUCAUAAUAUUUUCAGUCCCACGAAAACGCUUCAAGUUCAUCUAUCGUUUUCAUGAUUGAUCUAACUUUUGCAGCAUAUAAACUUGAAAUUACACACAGUCAGAAAAUGCAAAAGACGAUGAUCAGCGGAUAUGAUUAAAUAUGAAAAAGGGAUUAAAUAUCCUCUUUUUUCCUGUUUUUUACUGUACAUUAACAGAAUCCAGAACUAGAUUUAAAGCGUUGGAAAUUCAUCUCUAAGGCUCGGAGUCUAAACUUCAAUGCUCCGGAACAUUUAUAGCGAAUAUUUAAAUCGAAACAGAUAAAAAAAACUUUGAAAUUCAGAAAUUUAUGAAAAUUUGUUUCAAAAAUUGUCAAGCUCCAGACUUAAUUUUUAGACUAAGAUUUCAAUAUCAGAUUCUACUGUAGAAUUUCUACAUAAUUCUGCAUCCCGAUUUGAAUUCCUGAUUCUCUUUGCAUUUCAACAUUCAAAAUUUAUUAUAUUAUCUUGAAUUUUUUUUAUUAGAAAUAAACUAGCAAAAAUGUAAUUUUUACAAAUUCAAUAUCUGAGUUAACAAUGCAAGAUGAAAAUAAAAAUGUCCCCAUCAUACUGUCAAUAUCUAGGUUCCAACUUUGAUUCAAAAAUAUGUUCAAAAUGUUCAUAUUUAAUUUCACAUCCAGAUUUUGGUUUUCAAAUUAUUAGCCCUCAUAGACGUGGCAUUCAAAUCAGGAAUCAGCUUGAUCUGAUUCCUCUAAAAUUUUAUCUCUGAACUUUUUUCUCUGACUGAAAUUGAAAUUGAAAAGAAUAAUUGUAGUAAUUGGCAGAAUUAAUAUUUGUUCAGACCGCGAAUCUUGUAAUCAAAAUAUUUUAAGACCAAUUUAAAUUGAGUAGGUAUCCAAAGUGUGGAUUUUGAAAGAGAUUCAGAACUCAGUUUCACUUAUCAAUUUUAAGUUCAUGAAUAAUACAAAACCAGAUGACAAAUUUAAAAGAAGAAUAAAGAUUUGAAAUUCAAGCAUACUUGUAAAUAAUAAACUCUGUUUUUAUUGUGAUGCUGUGAUUUGAACAAAACAAUCUUUAAAGAUUUUUGCAACCAUUUUUUGUAAGUUCUACUGAAAAAUUUAGUGAAACAAUUUUAAAAACAAAAUUAAUUUUAAGAUAUAUUAAAUAAUAAUUUGAAAUUUCUUAUAAAUAUUGGCUUAUGAUAAAAGGCAAUGCAAAUAUCCUAAAGAUAAGCUUAAAUUCAAAUUUUUGGACUUAAAAAAGAAAACAUCAAUGAGAACGGUUUUUGAAAAAAAUUCGCCGCUGCCAAAAAUAUGUGACCAAUUUCAACAGGAGUCGCUCAAUGUUUAGUAAUUUUUUAAUAUUUGAAACAAAAGCAUCCUGAAAAAAUAUGAAUCUUUGGUUGAAGAGGAAAAAUCAUGUUUUGUUUUAAUUGAUUAUAUUCAAUACUGAUAAAUUUCAAAUUUUCUGAGCGAAUUUUCCUACACAACUAAAGGUGAGGUCAUUUCUUUUUCGUAAUCAGAGUACCAAGUUUGUGAUCUCAGUUCAACAUUCAUGUGAAAUUAUUCUUGAUUUUUUUGUCAUUGGAUAAGAAAUCAGAAAAAAAUCAUAAUGGAUAUACAUAUGUAUUUUAUUUUUUUUUUUGUUCUAGUUUGUUUUUUCAUAAUCAAAACUAUGACAACUAAUUAACGAAAAAAUCUGUUGAGCUUCUCAUGUGCUUCAGAAAUUGCAAUUUUCCAAAUUAUUCCCAAUCUUUUUCAGAAUAUUUAAAAAAUGACGAUAAAAGACAUCAAACUUCCUCAGAUUGCAGUUGCUUAACUUCGGGGACCUCAAGAAGGUUUAAGUGGCUACUAGAAAUGAUUUUUGAACUACAGUACUCGCUCGCUAAUCGGAUAUUUAUGGGACCAAGGGAUGCGUCGGAUUAUCGAAAUCGUCCGAUUACCAAAGUUGGGCAAAAAUAUCAACAUUCCAAAUUUGGACACAUUACAGGAGGAACACGUUCUAUUCAGAAGUUGCAUUACAGGCGCAGCUCUCCGAUUACAGAGCCACGAAUAAAGUGGCAGAUGUCCGAAGGAAAUGUCCGAUUAUAGAGCACCUCGCAUCAACCCUUAAAAAUGUCCGAUUACCGAACUUGUCGGAUUUAAAAGCGUCCGAUUGACGUGCGAGUACUGUAUAAUUUUUAACAUAAUUCAAAAAACGGAAGUUUUGUGUUUAUCAGAAAAUCCAUUUAUAGUUAAUGACAGGGCCGUAGGAAUUACCGCCUUAUGGGGGGUUUGGCGUUUAAUUUUUUGUAGGUAUGAUAUUUUUGGUCAAACAAUGCAUGAAUGAAAAAAAAACUUUAGCAUAUUACGAAGUGUGUUAUACCUAUAGUUUAUUAAAUUAAAUAGUUACUUAUGGAAAUAUGCCCUACAAUAUUCAAAAUGGUUUGCUACUUUUGUACAUUAAAAACCUCAGUUACAAUAUAGAAACUUACUUUCAGAGAUGGUUAAAAUUUUGGAAUUUUUCUAGAGUCAGGUGGAUUUUGAGCAUCGACUAGUUUAUUUUAAGAAAAUCUCUAAUUUCUUACAAAAAAAUUAAGCUGAAUUGAAAAAAAUUAAUCUAUGUCUAUACUCUUGAGCAAAUCCAAUAAUUUUAAUAAUAUGUUUACCUGGUAAUAUUUUAUUAAUAAAACAUCAAUUUCAUAAGUAAAAUCAUGUGAAUAAUUUUAUUUUGCAUUAUACGAAAUUUGUAAUAUGUAUAAACUCAAAAUGUUAAUUUAAUUGUGAUAUUAAUUUAAAAAUUUACAAGUUGGCAAUCUCCUGCGAUGUAAUUCCUAAAUGAAAUACUUUCUUAAUAGUGCAAUAUUGGUUGAAAAAAUUAUUUACAAGUUGAAUAUGAAUCUGAAUUUUGAAUGUUAAUUCUAAAUCUGAAUUCUGAACCUUCAAAUCAAUGUUUGAAUUAAAGAACUGUUUCCGAAAUUCAAUAUUGUUUCUAAAAUGAUAAAACGCGAUUUCAAAACCUAAAUUCUAAAUCAAAAUUUGAAAUACCGUUGAUUGUAUUAAUUAAAGUUAAUUUAAAAAAAAUUACCAAGAACUGAAAUUUGUUUUGUAGCCUUCAAUCAUGAAUUUAAAUUCUGAUAUUUUGGGGAUUCGAUCUGAGCUCACUAUUUUAAGUAUUUAUUCUGAAUCCGAUAAUUGGAUCUGAAUUAACAUACAAAUUUUGAAUGAUGAACCUGAUUCUGAUUUUCUAAUCCUGGAUCGCAAUUUUGAUGCUUCGAUAUAUUUGAAUUCUUUAAACGAAUGAAGUUAAAGAACUUAUCAAAUCAGAGUAUGAAAGAAAAACUUUUAUUUUCUUAAUAUUGAAAAUAUAAAUGAGUUUUCAAAAUCAUGAAUCAAGUUUUCAAUGAAAUGCGAAAUCAUAUUUGAAUUAGGAUUUCGAAACACCUUUUCAUUACCAUUUUUUUAUGAUUCUAACUGGAAAUCAAGAAUCCUAAACAUGAAACAGAAUCCGAAAUAUAAAAACAGAUUACAAUUUUGAUUUUGGUAAUAUGCAACCAAGGACUAUAAAAAUCGCUCACUCCUCGAAACGCACACGAAAAUGCUUCGCCGCCGGCUCGCUAUUCGUUUGUGUUCAAUACAAUCACGAACAGCAACAAAAACGAUUCUACGACGGCGGUUUCUAUGCUGCUCGUAUUAAAAAAUAUUCAUGAGCGAGUCUGAGAAACGGGAUCACGGGAGACUCGAAUUUGCUUCAUGAGAAUUUUGAUACCGAGCUUGCUGUCUGUUUAGGGAAGGAAGUACGCCAGUUCAGAAGAAAAAAGUAGGAAUAAAAAAAAAGAAAAAAGAAUCUUUCGGCUCGUCCUUCUCAGAGACAAACCGUCCUUACCGUCCGAGCACCGAUCGUUUAAAGAUUGACUUGGCCUACACAAGUGCACACUGUUGCUGUUGAUGUUCUUUCAAGCUCGUAGCUUCAAAAAGUGACGCACAUUCUUUGUAGGAAGCAAUAAUAACAGCACUAGCAAGAAGCAAAACGAUUCUUUUGGCUCGGCAUAUUUGCCUGAAAAGAAUAAUGGCCCUUAUUCUGCGCCGCGCGUGACGUGACGCUUGUCACCUCACCUCGGAGUCACCGUGAGUUUUGUCACCUUAUUCCCGGAGUCGAUGUGGGUGAAGUGACAGAGGUGAGUGACUGAAUGAACACAAUGGUAGAAUUUGUUCUGUAUUGAUUUGUUUUCGUUCGCGCUUCGAGUUUUCCAAACUGAUUUUUAAAGCGGUUAGUGAUAAUUCCGGUUCGCAAAAGGCCACCAACGAGUCAUAAGGUGACAGCAAGCAACUUAAGAGGAAAAACGGGCAUUUUUGUGCGUCCUAAGUGGAGAAAGCUGAAACCGGAAACUCCAACAAGAAGGAAAAAAUAACAAUCGACAGCUGCUGCUGCAACCAACAGGUGUCCAACAGGCGGAUUCAAGUAAGUAAGGUGAUUUUUCUUUUGUAUACCGCUUGGCCAGAACAGCUUCCGGAAUUUGUGUCAUUACACAAAUUACACGAUAUAAGCGAUUAACGUGAUUUUUUUUGUUUUCAGUUGGUGCUGCCGAUCUAGGUGCUUUCCCUGAGGUUAUCACCGUGACAUGCCGGAAAUCAUAAGCCCACAGCCCAGUCGCCAAUAGAUCAUAGGGAUUAUGGAAUGCCGAGCACUGGUAUCGAAGUCAACAAGGCUGCAGCAGCACCAGAGGGCAGCAUUGGUUGGCAGUUUGUAGUGGAUGCGAAAAUUUGAUUAAGUUUCUACCUCGUCAUUACCGGAAACCAUACCGGCAAUUCUCACUUUUUAACCAUAAAUUUUUUUGUUGAUUGUCAGAUCCGAUUGCCGUUUCAAUUCAGCAAUUCAAGUUAAUUCUGAACCCACAAUUCGGUUUUAAAUUGAAUUUAUAACUGAUUCUUUGCAACCUACAAUUUUGAUUGAAUUUCUAACAACUCCGCUUUACAGUAAUUUUCGUUAUAUUUCUUAUUUUUUCUUACUCGUCAUCACCUAGAAGGUACCGCCAAUUGUCACCUUAAAUCGUAAAGGUAUGAACCAAAUAAAGAUGUUACAAAAAAAACUUAUCGGUAACAAACAGUUUGAAAUUUAAUUCAGCCAAAUUGAGCAGAAAUCCCUAAAAAACCCCUCAACUCCAACACGUUUAUAAAAAGAAAUUUUCGUCGUUUAAAAAUUGAUAGAUAAUUGAAAGCUUUAAAACAUGCUUGAUAUAUUUUUUGAUUGAUUUCUAACAACUAACAACUCCGGUUUACUGUAAUUUUCGUAAUUUUUCAUUUCAUUUCCAUCUCGUCGUCACCUGAAAACGUACCGACAAUUGUCACCUAAAAUCGUCACCCGAAUGCGACGAUUCUCACCCACGGUGACUACGAGAAUAGGGUAAGAACUCACUAAGUUCAUCCGAAGUGACAAUCCUCACCUAAACCGACUGCUGGAAUAGAGUGACUUGGGUGACUCUACUAUCGUCACGUCACUCGAGGCGCAGAAUAAGGGCCAAUAACAUCACUAAAAUGAAUUGGAUGUGCCGGCCGUAUGCACACUGUUCUUCUUAUUUUCCAUUCCUUUUGGCCAACGCGUGUUUACAGCCAACACGGCUUGGCGUCAUCUUUGUUGCUGUUAUUGUUUGUUCAAGCUCAAGGGAAAGGGACAAACAUUUUCCAAGGGGAAAGAAUAAUACCAUUACUAACACGGCUCAUGAGCGGGUUGGUAAAAAGUUUCAUGAAUCGGCUCGCUGCUACGCAAUCGUCGGGUUGAUGCUAGAUUUUGUGUGCGGAGAAGGAAGCAAGGCAAAAAGGAAUCAGGAGCCUUGGUCGUGUUUUCGUUUUGGUCGGGCUUGAUUCGUGAGAACAGGAGACUUUCACUCGCACCUCAUUCGCGUUCCAGGGCAUUUUUAUGAGCAAAAAUCGGAGCGAUGCAGGCUCCGUCGCUCGUUUGAGUGAGUUUUUCAAUCCUUGUAUGCAACCAUAACCUCCGAAAUGGGUUGGAUCUCAUUUGAAUUUUAUUAUUCAGAACUGAAUUUAAUUAAUCUGAAACAGAAUUCUAAACCUAGAAGUUUCCGAGGUUUUCCUUCGCAUCAGUUUUGAAAAUAGAUUGUUACUCUCACAUAACCUUACUCAACUAUCAAAAUAUGAUAUAGAAUUAAAAAUUUCGAGUGAAGAUUAGAAAACCUCGCUUGCUUUUCCUGGGCCUCCAUGGGGAACGGGUGUGGUUUAAACCUCCCCCCCCCCCCCCCCCUCCCCCCUUCUAUCUUACCGUUCCUACGGCUAUGUUUAAUGAUCUUAUCUGGAAGUUCAAAUGAAAAUUUUAAACAUAGUUUUCGUCGUAAUUGAUAGAUUUACAAAGAUAUGGAUGAUCAAAAUUUCCAUCUUUGAACCUAUUGUUCUCUUUUUGGUAAUAGACUAGAGUAGGGUUACCAUAUCCUGCAAUGCCGUAGAAAGUAAAUUAAGAAAAUUUACCUAAAACAUUAUAAUAUAAUUAUAUCAUAAUCAAAAACAGAGACACUUAAGCUCGUUCAAAUACCGCCGAUUUGUUGAGAUCUAUGUGCUUUACAUGGCAAUUGAAUUUUUCUAAAAUACUCUUUGACUAUUGAAAAGUAAAAAGUUAGGGGAUGAAGAUUCCUAGCUGGUGAAUUGAUAGUGAAGUGUUUGAUGUAAGCUGACAUAUCACACUUAACACGAUGAAGUAUUGUAUUUCAAAAAGAGUGUUUUAAAGACGCGCAUUUUACUUUUAACAAACUUGUGCGCUUUUUACUUGUGUAUCAGGCAUUUGAGAACGUUGCUUUUGUGCAUAUUGAUUACUGUUUGGGGGCUUAUUGCAUGAUCAAAGGCGCUAAUUGUGUUAACUGUUUUUAUAAAACCAGGAUAUUUAAGUAAGUGGUUGUAAGCAAGGUUGCCGAAAGAAAAUUCUGUGUUUUUGAAAAAAUAAUUCUGACUUUCUGUGAUUUAACCCAAAAAUUCUGUGAUGGUUUUCUGUGAUGCUAUUUCCUUUAAUUUCAUUGAAAAUUCAUGAUAAAUUGGGUAAUUUAAACAUUUUAGUUGGGAAAAAUCAAUCACAUUACCAAUUUUAUCAUACUUUUCUAAUUCAAAGUAAGAAACCUAAAUUUGAUUUCGAACAAGAAUAUUAUAAUUUUGGAAAUCCAUUCAAAAUUCAAAAAUUCUGUGAAAUCUGUGAAUAUUUCAUGAAUUUUGUGUUCUGUGUCACAGGUUCUGUGAUGAAAAUUUGUUCAAACUUCGGUGAAAUUACAGAUUUUUGUUUAAUUUCGUCAACCUUGUUUGUAAGUUGAAUUUCUUUGGUAAUUCUUGUGUAAGAUGUGGAACAUAAAUUUCAUAUACUGGAAGAAAUAAGUUCACUUUCACUACACAUAAGUACACAUACAUAAGGUAUCACUAGGUAAGGUAUCUUUAAAAAAUAUUAAAGCUUUUUAACGAUUCAAAAAAACCACUAAAAUUUCAGUUAUUAAAAUUUCAAUUUUCCCUUCGGGCCCGAGGUAAACCACCUUAUGUUCCAGUGAGAGAUGUGUUGGCUGUGGUAGACCUAGACUAUAUGAUCGAAUUAUACCUUUAUCUUAAAUCUAUAGAUCUUCGCGUUUAAGUAUCCCUUUCCUCUUUUUCUUUUUUAUUUUUGUCUAUCGUAGUUUUGAAUAAUGAACGAUGUACUCAAUACUUGAAUCCUUAAAACAAAUAAAUGGACAACAUUGUGAAAAAUCUUUGUUAAUUAAACUUAAGCAACUGUUGUACAAAAAACUAAUAGUCUCCCGGCUCCGUUAAACUAAAUGGUUUGAGCCGUUUCAAAUAAACGAAUUGAUAAAUAUUUCAAUUUUUUUCACUCCCAAUCAGUAUUGCUUGCAGCACAAUAGUGAGAACUAUGUUGUAUCUUGUUGUUUAUUUGCAUGAAGGUGACAAAAAAUGUCUCAAAAUACUCGAAAUAGUUUCCAAAUUUUACCCAUUUGAAAAUUUUUUGGUUCGUUUUGAAAAAAAAAAGUUUUAAUUACGCCAGGGCUAAAAAUGGAACAUCAUGGUUGAAAGGGUACUAUUUUUGGACCCCCCACAAAUUUUCCAGGGUUUCUAUCGAUUUUCUUUUAUUUUCGGAAAAAUAGUUUGUAUAGUUCAUAUUUAUCACAUCGAAAGUGGUUUUCCGUCGAACAUUGCCUUGGCCAGUGAAAAAUCGUGAGUUUUCUAAUUCACUUUGAUUUUUCAAAAUGUGUCCUAUAAUUGAGUUUACUGUUUUACCACUGAAGAGGAGGUUCAUUUUUAAAAACGUUGAAAAUUUGAUAAGAUUUAUUUACUAUAUCAAAAAACGAUAUGAUAGGAUAAAGGAAGAAUAAAAGUUCAUAGAAAGAUGCAUAAAAAGAUCGGAAAUCUUUGCCAGCAAAAUGAAUUAUUAAAAUUUUUUGGCCUUUUUAGACCAAAGUAUUCUCUUGGUCCAACGUAGGGCCACUCAUUAAAUUCCAAAUUCCGUUCCCUUAAUCAAAAUUUUUAUGAAUUCAGAAAAAGUAUUUAUAUUUCUCCGAUAAAUUUUGAUAUCAAGAUUUCGUUUUUGAAAUUGUUGUUUUAAUGGGUUGUUGAUAUAUACCUUCUUGUAAUUUAGGUAUUUUUAAAAUAACUGUUUAAGCUUGUGCUCAAAAUUUAAAUGUCUUCCUGCAUAUAAAUAUUGAUUGAACUUUUGAUCUGGGAAACUCGAGUUCAUCUUCACUGGAUAGAUUCAGAAUCACGUGGACGAUUAACUCACCCACAAUAAUAAACCCUUUUGAAUGACCCAAUCAAACCCAUUCGUUAACCUCCAAUUCAUUACUGGAUGGAACUUGCGUUCUUAGAAGUAUCACCAUCGCAUCAAUUGCUGAUGCUGACUCAGAUCAUUCGGCCAUCAUCACCACCGUUGUGCUGGUGACAUUUUAUUCUUCAUAAUGAAACACACGGAAACGUCAACGGAAAAAUGGAUUCCUCCGGCCGGGGCCGGAAAAUUGAGCGGAAGCAACUUUGUCACCCAAGAUGGAUUACAGCCACCGUCGUCGUCGGUUUAUGUCCGGAUCAAGCGACGGAUUUCAUAACCGAUGGAGGUCGGUCAACUUUUGCCUUCCGCCAUUCCGAAGGUUGAUCGACGUGUCGCUCGACGGGGGGCAGGAAUAUAUUCUUUAGUAAGUAUGAGUAGCACCCCACGUGAUUGAAUCAAUCAAUUAUGGCCCGGGUCGGUCGAAAGCUGUCAAUGUCAGUUUGCAGAAUGAAACUUGGAGCUGUUCUAUACGAUUGACGAACGUGAUGGGGAUGAGUUUUUUUUUUUAAAGUUGCCCUUUUUUCAUUUGAAAAAUAAUCUCAUAUUAAAUCAACCACGUGGUGUUUAAUCUAUUAAGUUUCAUUUUGUUUUUUUUUUGUUUUGCAGAAAAACGUGUUAUUUUAGGAAAACCAUCAUCUAAUGUAAAAUUUCCACUGACCACAAUGCCGAUAAAUCGGGAUAAAACUGAUCUAACCGAACAAAAAAAUCGUAAGCGAACGCAAAGAAAAUCAAAUUGUGCCUUUUCGUAGUGAAACCAAAAUAAUAAUACAAAUAAACCGAAUAAUAGCAAACAGAUGUAUCCCGAAACAUUCAAACAGUUGACGCCAGUUUUGCACAUGGAUUCGUUGGAAUAGAAUCAGAGAUAAAAAAAAAAUCAGUCGAUAAUAAUGUUUGUAGCUGAUUUUUUUUAGUUUUAACCCCCAAAAAAUAUCCAGAACAUAAGCUAGGCAAGGUUUUAUGUUAAGUGUAGAGUUAGGGUCUGAUAAUUCACAGCCAAUAGACUCAUUGUAGAUGAAUCUGUGUGAGAUGAACUGUAAAACCUCUUGUUGAAUAUCAGAUGAUGAAUAAGUUUUCAUCCAUGAAGGGUUAAAUCAUCAAACACAAAUUCAUUACGUUUCAGAAAGAAUAUUUCUUUGAUACAUCUCUCAGAUUCAGCAACAAACAUCAAAAGUUUCCAUUAAAAUAUUGAUAUCUUGUAGUUCUUUACAAAUAGUUUGAUAUUUACUGCGGGCUGAAGGGAAAAGAGACCUUCAAACUUCAAAAAGUGAGCCAUUUUAUAGAGUAACAGUUGUAAAUCAAAACCCAUUCUUAUCAGCUAAACAAACAUCAAAUAAAUAACAGAUCAAAAAACCAGAAUAAAGAAUUUUUAUAUGAAUAAUUAAACAAGGAUCAGUCUCAAUAACUGACCGAAAAUCAAACUAAAUACCACUAAAGCGUUUCAUUCUAGUACUUUCAUGUUAAAACUUCGACCUUAUCGCAUUUUCUCUCGUUCAUAGAAAAAAAACAAAAGGGCCAUUCAUCGGAAUCACUGUAAUCUUACCUUCUACAUACUAAUCGUAAGCUAAAAACAAGUUCAUCGACAUAUAUAUUUACCGAAAACUAAAAUCCAUUUAGUCUCAUACGUACUUACUAAAACCAUCUUACAAUAAACAAUCUACGAGAACCAAUCGAAACUGCUGUUUUAAAAUAAAGUGAGCGCAAACCAAAAGAUAAAAAAUUUACAAACCCAGCCACAUUCAACUAACUUAAAAAAAUUACUAAACUUCGAUGCUACCUAGUAUAGGAGGAACAAAAUAACAACGGAAACUGUACUAACAAUAAUAAAAACUAUCUUAAACUGAACAACAACUCUUUAAAGAUGCUGAUUCAAAAAAAAGAUUUGCCUGUUUUAAUUCGUGGAAACAAUUGCUUUUAACUUUUUAUUUAAUUCAAUAAUGAAGGUAUUUUUUUAAUGCUCAAUCCUCUGAUCUAAGAUAGCUACAGUAGGCUGAUUUAGUACAAAGUAUCUUGACUUUUUAGUACAAUGGUUGAAAUUUUGUUGCAUACAUUUAGGCGGUUUACAAACCUCUAAGCACUGCUAAAUAAUUAUGGCUUCUAUUUUAUGAAACGAAGGAUUUACUCUGUUAAAACUCCAAAAUGUUCUUCAGUUCAAUACACCUAGAUGCCUAGAUUAAUACGAAUUAAAAUUUUAGUAAAAAAAAACUCCGAAUUUUAUUACGUUGUUUAAUUUUUUUUUUUUUAAUUUUAUCCAUUUGUUGCAUUCCCAAGACCGCUAAAUCUAAACAACUGAAACGCGUGAGCGGGAAAACCAAACUCAAACCUAAAAA